UAGGACUGCCCCAUAGGGUUUCCGAGGAGUGGCUGGUGGAUUCAAACUGCCAGCAUUUUGGCUAGCAGCCUGAGCUCUUAACCACUGUGCCACCAGGGCUCUUGUUGAAGCUAACUGUGACUAUAAUGUAUUUAGAUAAUGACAGUGCACAAAGUACAAUAUUUAAUGUUUACAUUUAAAAUUAUAUGUCUUUUCCUUCCCUGAAAUGAUCUGAGUCGUAGAAUCUGAGGAAAUGGUAUCUUUUUACCGCAUAGCCUUAGGCUAAAUUUCCGUUUGGGACAAUGCUCUUCUCACUGAUUUUUUUAGGUUCAUAGAAACAACUCCUGCUCAGUUAACUGGAUUGAAAAAGUGAUGUUCAGUAUAUGGCUUCUUUGGAUCCAGACAGUUAGGCGUGAGGCUUCACCAAGUGUACAUGCUCAGGUUACUGCAGAAAUGGUGGUGUUACUUGGAGAAGGCUUUCUCUGGUCCUCCUAGGUGGCAGCAUUGGUAACCUUCCCAGAAUGGUAUUGGGAGAAAUGGAAGCUCUUUCUCACUAGUUACAGCAUAACUGCCUAAAAAGAAUCCAGUUUUCCUUAAUUAAAGUAAGUUUAUUUCAUACAGCUUAAAUCUGCUUUAAAAUGUGUCACUCUUUGACAAUAUUUUUUGUUGGAGAAAAAUAUUUCUUUCCACUGUGAGAUAGUUAAUUUUCAUAAUUCUUAAAAUCUUUUCCUGAUAUUUAGUUUUAUUUUACUGGUGGUGGUCGCUUGUUGUUGUUGUUAUUGGUUUUAAUGCUUUUAAGGCUCAGUUUACUUUUUCAAGGAAUAUAAUUUUAAGUCUGAUCUAUUACAUAAGAAUAAAGAAAACAGUGCUUAUGAACCACACCUAUUCUAAGGAAAUGUUUAUAGUCCCUCAUACUUGAAUUCAUAAAUUUUCAACAGUAUGAGAAAUUGAGAGCGUUAAGAACUGAAGAAAAGGUAUUAGAGGAUAAUACAACUUAUUUAGUUUAUGAAAAUAUUACUAAUACAUUAAAGAUUUUUCAGUUGUUAUUGUUUUGUUAUUUAUGAAAACCAAUAGUGAAUUAGAAAAUACUAAAGAAAAUUCAAAUUUUAAUACAUCUACUGGAUUCCUUUACUUUUUUUUAAUUAUUUUUAGGAAGCUGCACAAGCCUUAAUUUAUGCUGAAAUGGCAGGAUCAAGCCUAGAACAUAUUCAAGAGAAAAUAAAUGAGUAUCUGGAAAGAGUCCAAGCUCUAUAUUCAGCAGAUAUUUCCCUUCAUUCCAACAACCAUUUAUUGAGUGCAUGUUUGGGCUAUAUGUUCAGUCAAAGAAUGCUGAUCCUUUGAAAUCAAAACAUCAGUUGGACCUAGAGCGAGCCCAUUUUCUUGUCACACAAGCUUUUGAUGAAGAUGAAAAAGAGAAUGUUGAAGAUGCUAUAGAAUUGUAUACAGAAGCCGUGGAUCUCUGCCUGAAAACUUCUUCCGAAACUGCUGAUAAAACCCUGCAAAAUAAGCUGAAACAGUUGGCCCGACAGGCACUGGAUAGAGCAGAAGCAUUGAGUGAACCUUUGACAAAGCCACUAAACAAAAUCAAGUCAGCGAAUAAUAAACCAAAGCCACCUCCAACGAGAGCCCAUUUUCCGCUAGGACCUAAUCCCUUCCUUGAAAGACCUCAGCAGUUUAUAACUCCCCAGUCAUGUGAUGCACAAGGACAGAGAUACACAGCAGAAGAAAUAGAAGUACUCAGAUUUUUUUUUCUUGUGUUUUAUAGGACAACAUCAAAAAUAAAUGGUAUAGAAUAUGUUCCUUUCAUGAGUGUUGAUCUGAGGGAACGUUUUGCCUAUCCAAUGCCUUUCUGUGAUAGAUGGGGCAAGCUACCAUUAUCACCUAAACAGAAAACUACAUUUUCCAAAUGGGUACGACCAGAAGACCUCACCAACAAUCCUACAAUGAUUUACACUGUGUCCAGUUUUAGCAUAAAGCAGACAAUAGUAUCAGAUUGUUCCUUUGUGGCAUCCCUGGCUAUCAGUGCAGCUUAUGAGAGACGAUUUAAUAAGAAGUUGAUUACCAGCAUAAUUUACCCUCAGAAUAAGGAUGGUGAACCAGAAUACAAUCCAUGUGGAAAGUAUAUGGUAAAACUUCACCUCAAUGGCGUCCCAAGAAAGGUGAUAAUUGAUGACCAGUUACCUGUUGAUCAUAAGGGAGAAUUGCUCUGUUCUUACUCCAACAACAAAAGUGAAUUAUGGGUUUCUCUCAUAGAAAAAGCAUACAUGAAGGUCAUGGGAGGAUAUGAUUUCCCUGGAUCCAAUUCAAAUAUUGAUCUUCAUGCUCUGACUGGGUGGAUACCAGAAAGGAUUGCUAUGCAUUCAGAUAGCCAGACUUUCAGUAAGGACAAUUCUUUCAGAAUGCUUUACCAAAGAUUUCACAAAGGGGAUGUCCUUAUCACUGCAUCAACCGGAGUGAUGACUGAAGCUGAAGGAGAGAAGUGGGGUCUGGUUCCCACACAUGCAUAUGCUGUUUUAGAUAUUAGAGAAUUCAAGGGACUGCGAUUUAUCCAGUUAAAAAAUCCUUGGAGUCACUUACGUUGGAAAGGAAGAUACAGUGAAAAUGAUGUAAAAAACUGGACUCCAGAGUUGCAAAAAUAUUUAAACUUUGAUCCCCGAACAGCUCAGAAAAUAGACAAUGGGAUAUUUUGGAUUUCAUGGGAUGAUCUAUGCCAGUAUUAUGAUGUGAUUUAUUUGAGUUGGAAUCCAGGUCUUUUUAAAGAAUCAACAUGUAUUCACAGUACUUGGGAUGCGAAGCAAGGACCUGUGAAAGAUGCCUAUAGCCUGGCCAACAAUCCCCAGUACAAACUGGAGGUACAGUGUCCACAAGGAGGCGCUGCAGUGUGGGUUUUGCUUAGUAGACACAUAACAGACAAGGAUGAUUUUGCAAAUAAUCGAGAAUUUAUCACAAUGGUUGUGUACAAGACUGAUGGGAAAAAAGUUUAUUACCCAGUUGACCCAGCUCCAUACAUUGAUGGAAUUCGAAUUAACAGCCCUCAUUAUUUGACUAAGAUAAAGCUCACCACACCUGGGACCCACACGUUUACAUUAGUGGUUUCUCAGUAUGAAAAACAGAACACAAUCCAUUACACAGUCCGAGUAUAUUCGGCAUGCAGCUUUACUUUUUCGAAGAUCCCUUCACCAUACACCUUAUCAAGACGGAUUAAUGGAAAGUGGAGUGGUCAGAGUGCUGGAGGAUGUGGAAAUUUCCAAGAGACUCACAAAAAUAACCCCAUCUACCAAUUCCAUGUAGAUAAGACUGGGCCAUUACUGAUUGAGCUAAGAGGACCAAGGCAAUACAGUGUUGGAUUUGAGGUGGUAACAGUUUCUGUGGUGGGAGAUUCUGGUCCCAGUGGCUUUCAGAGGAAAUCUAGUGGUGAUUACAGGUGUGGGUUUUGCUACUUAGAAUUAGAAAAUAUACCUGCUGGGAUCUACAAUAUCAUUCCCAGUACUUUUUUGCCUAAACAAGAAGGACCUUUUUUCUUGGACUUCAAUAGUAUUAACCCCAUCAAGACAACACAACUUCAGUGAUGGAGAAAUCUCAGCAAUUACUGGAUUUUAUACUUACCAAACAUCAACUCUUCCAAUGAGGACACAAAUCUGCCGGACACUAAAAACAACAAUCAGAACUGAAUUAAAUCUCCAAAAAUGUGUUACAGUGGAUCUGGUGCUCAAGUCAAGUGUUUGGUGAGAAUUGUAUAUAGUCAGAAUAACCCUAAAUCACUCAGAGGUAUAGUUUACAUGGUUUUGUGUAAAUAUAGAGUUGGUUUGCAUUUAGAGGCCAUGUUAUAUAAAAAAGUGCAUAUCAUUAAAAGAUUAGACACAGCACUGUGAGAUGCCUUUGCUAAGAGGAGAGAACUGAGACCAGCUGAGGAAAUUGAGGAACAUAGGCUCAUUGAGUGGAAUGGUGGGGAGGUGUAAUAUCCUGAAAUAUUUACAUUAUUUUUCUCCUUUUUGCAGAGCAUGUUGUAAGUUAAACCUGCUUGUGUUGCGAUUCCACUGUCCAUCUUGGGCAUCUGAUUACCAAAUGAAUCAUGUCACCAUAACCAGAUUUUAAUUCGUCAUUAUUUAUGACUUUGAAAUGUUUAUUGUUGCCCAAGUGUUAUGAAAGAAUAAAGCUUUAAGAAAUCCUAAUUAGCAUAAAGAUGUUCAUGCUUAAGAAUGGAGGUUGUUGGAAGUUAGAUAUGUAGCUCCCUUUGGAUCAUGUAAAGAGAACUGAAAUAUAUACAGUAUUGCAGUUUUUCUUUUAUCUGAUUGAAGUAGUAAACUUCUGAGACAUUGCAGACAUAAUGUAAUUUGAGUAGUCUUUUAUCAGUUGUGCUGUAUAGUUCAGUGCUCUUUAUGGUAACAGCCCUUUGAAGAAAAUAUAAUUGAGAAUUUAAUAUAUGGUAGUUGGGUUAUAUACAGCAGUCAGAAAGAGUGAAUUGCCAAGAUACUAGCUAGUGUCGUGUAAAUUCCCAGCUGUUUACAUAAAAAUCCAUCAGAACAAUGCUCAGUAUUUUAAAGAUCCAAAAAAUUAAUAGGGUGGGAUUUUUCAUUGUCUCUACUUUAUAAUUAUCAAAACUUCCUAUUUUGUAUUUCGCACUGCCUUUAAUUGAAAUAAAAUAUGUUUAUACUUA